AUGGCUGUCAGAGCUGCUCUAGUCUGCGAUCAGGACCACUGUAAGAUGUCUCAGAAGAACAGAACCUGCAGCCACCUGCUGGAUGGAAUCACACACCAGGUGUGCUGCUGCUGUGGCCCCGCCCCUUGCUCGCUCUGUUGUCACUUCCUGCCGGCCGUUAAAGUUUCCACAUCGACACGUGUCAUGUACACACUGUUCCAUGUGUUCAGCUGCACACUGUCCUGUCUUAUGCUGUCGCGCACCGUCACAGACCUGGUUCGUAAGAAUGUGCCCUUCCUGGGCUCCCUGUGCCUGGACUCUUCAGGAGACUGCCAGUUAUUGGUUGGAUACUCGGCUGUUUACAGAAUCUGCUUUGGCACUGCCUGUUUCCACCUGCUGUUGGCGCUCUUCCUCAUUGACGUUAGGUCUAGUCAGAACUAUAGAGCCGUGGUGCACAACGGGUUCUGGUUGGUGAAAUUCCUGACCCUGUUGGCAAUGUGCACUGCUGCCUUCUUCAUCCCAACAGAGUCGUUCCUUCAUGUGUGGCAUUACGUGGGCGUGGUCGGUGGUUUUGCCUUCAUCCUGAUCCAACUCGUCCUCAUCACUGCGUUCGCUCAUCAGUGGAACAAAAACUGGCUGACAGGCGCGGCGGAGCACCCGCGCUGGUACCUCGCCAUCACAUGUGCCACUCUGCUCUUCUACACGGUGGCUGCGUUGGCCUUCGCUUUCAUGUUGAAGUAUUACACUCACCCAAACCUGUGCCAGUCCAACCGCGUCCUGCUGUGGGGGCAGCUGUGCCUGUGCAUCGCCAUGGGCCUAGUGUCGGUGACGCCCUGUGUCAAAGACAAGCAGCCGCGCUCAGGUUUACUACAAGCCUCCAUCAUCAGCUGCUAUGUCAUGUACCUCACAUUCUCAGCCCUGAGCUCCAGACCUCCUGAGACAGUGCUGGUUCAGGGCAUAAACACCACGGUGUGUUUUCCCACGUUGGGUCAAAGGGAGGUGAAGAGCGAGGGGAACACCGUGGCUGUGAUCGGAGCUGCCAUCAUGUACUGCUGUGUGCUGUUCGCCUGUAACGAAGCCUCAUACCUGGCUGAGAUGUUCGGUCCAUUCUGGAUGGUCAAAGUUUAUCGUUACGAGUUCCAGAAGGCGUCAUGUUGCUUCUGCUGCCCCCCUCAGGAGAAUGAAGAGGAGGUGGUGUUCGAGGAGGAGUCUCGUUCUGUUCAGGCUGUUCUGCAGAAUGAAACACGCAGACUCAGUUACAGCUACAGUUUUUUUCACUUUGGAUUUUUCCUGGCGUCGCUCUACGUCAUGAUGACUCUCACCAACUGGUUCAGCUAUGAGUCUGCGGUGCUGGAGACCACCUUCACCCACGGGAGCUGGUCCACGUUUUGGGUGAAGCUGUCAUCUUGUUGGGCCUGCGUGGUGCUGUAUCUCUGGCUCCUCUUGGCUCCUCUGUGCAGCUGUCAAUCAUCCAAGACCCGCCCCCGACGAGCACGGAUCAAGCGACGGAGCGAUCGUCAUGUGUCUGUCAGUGUUUAG